AUGCCAGCCAACACUGACGAUGAUUUAUGUCCAGUUGUCAUUGAUAAUGGAUCUGGUAUGGUUAAAGCUGGUUUUGCUGGUGAUGAUGCACCACGCGCUGUCUUUCCAGCUGCUGUUGGUCGACCACAUUAUAUUGCCAUCAUGCCCGGAAUGGGUAAUAAAGAUUCCUACAUUGGAGAUGAAGCUUUAGCAAAAAAAGGUAUUCUAACAAUUCGUUAUCCAAUUGAACAUGGAAUUGUUACAAAUUGGGAUGAUAUGGAAAAAAUUUGGCAUCAUACUUUCUAUAAUGAACUUCGUGUUGCACCUGAAGAACAUCCAGUUUUACUUACAGAAGCACCACUAAAUCCUAAAGCUAAUCGUGAAAAAAUGACACAAAUUCUUUUUGAACAAUUUAAUACACCUGCUAUGUAUGUGGCAAUUCAAGCUGUUCUUUCACUUUAUGCAAGUGGUCGAACAACAGGUGUUGUUUUGGAUAGUGGUGAUGGUGUAUCUCAUACAGUACCGAUCUAUGAAGGUUAUGCUAUACCACAUGCCAUUACUCGUCUUGAUUUAGCUGGACGGGAUUUAACUGAUUGGAUGAUUCGUUUAUUAACUGAACGUGGUUAUGCAUUUACAUCGACAGCUGAACGUGAAAUUGUUCGAGAUAUUAAAGAAAAACUUUGUUAUGUUGCAUUAGAUUUUGAACAAGAAUUAGCAACUACAAGUCGUUCGAAUAGUAUUGAAAAGAAUUAUGAAUUACCUGAUGGUCAAGUAAUAACGAUUGGUAAUGAACGUUUUCGAUGUCCUGAAGCAUUAUUUGCACCGGCUACAGUGGGUCGAGAAGAGUCUGGUGUUGCUCAAAUGGUUUAUAAUACAAUUAUGAAAUGUGAUAUUGAUAUUCGAAAAGAAUUAUAUACAAAUACUAUUCUUUCAGGAGGAACAACAAUGUUUCCAGGUAUUGCUGAUCGAAUGCAAAAAGAAAUAACAGCAUUAGCUCCAUCAGCAAUGAAAAUUCGUAUUAUUGCUCCUCCAGAAAGAAAAUAUGCAGUUUGGAUUGGUGGUUCAAUUCUUAGUUCAUUAUCAACGUUUCAAGCAAUGUGGAUUUCGAAACGAGAAUAUGAUGAAUCAGGUCCAUCGAUUGUACAUCGAAAAUGUUUUUGA